AAUUGCUCCUUCACAGGAAUCAGCUGAUGCAGGACGAUCAUGAGCUUACGGAGGCACUGAAGAAGGUUUCCCACCAGCAAGAUUCGACCAAGCUUGAUCUGGAGCAGCUGCCCCAAGAGUCCUCUGGCCAAGUGCACACUCUGGCCAGGAUGUCCAGCAAGAAGGAAUUGCUGGUGCGCAAGGUGGCUGCCCUAGAGGUGCAACUGCCAGCCUUGGAGCAGGACAGACAAGGCCUUUCAGAGCAGCUGACACAGGCCAGGUCAGUGAACGAGACCCUGGAGAACAGCCUAUCUGAGGCUCAGCGGCACAUAUUGCAGUUGGAGAUCACCAGGAGCCAGCUGGAAAUCCAACUUCAAACAGUCACACAGGCCAAUGAACUGAUACAAGGGGAAGUGAAGUGCCUUAGAUGGAAGCUGGAAGCUGAGAGAUAUCUCAUGCAGCAGGAAAGGAAGACCAUGGCAGAACAGCUCUCGCAGGCAGAACAGCAGCAUGACGAGACUCUCAAGCUUCUGGAAACUGAUCACGAAGUGGAAGUAAACAAGCUCCUGCAAGCCCUGCAUGAACGGGACAGGCUGCAAGCAGCGAAGGCAAAAGCUUUGCAGGAGACUCUCACUUACAUGAUCACCAUGCUGUCAGAGAGGGAGGGAGAAACGUUGUGCCAAGAACAGACAAGAACGCCGGAAAAGCAGAGAGAAAUGCAUGAAACUGCUCCCAGCCAGGUUAUUAAUGACGUAACGGAUCAAAACCCGGAGUCACUACAAAAGCAAAACCAGGAAGCCGGAGAGGCCACGGAAAUGCUGUUAAGGGCUCUCCGUGCGCAUGUGGAACAGACCUUAGAAACCUUAAAAGAAAAGGACAGACUCCUAGCCAUCCAAAGGCAACAAACAAGGAGCUAUGAGGAGAAAACAGAAGAACAGAUGAAUGUCUUGCGCAAAGACUUAGAAUACGCUAAGGCAGAACUGAAAGAAAAGGAUUUUGUGAUCGAAUCUCAGAAGGAAGUGAUUGAGACCUUCCAAAACCAAGAAAAAGACUCUGAACAGCACAAGAAAAUUCUGCUUGAAGUGGCAGUUGAAGUGGCACUAAAGGAAAGAGAUCAAGAAACUGUAUCCCUUAGAAAGCAAUGUGAGGCAUGCAAGGAAAAGGAGAAGCAGCACGGAGCUGAGCAAGAAAAACUGCAAGCAACAGAACGGACUCUGAAAAAGAGAGAAAAGAAGAUAAGGGCUCUGGAGGAGACUGUCUUGAAGCUUCAACAGCAAAAGAACGAGGCAGUGGUGAUGAUUAAAACCAUACAGCAAAAACUACAACACACGGAGUCUUCUCUAGGCACCCGAGAGAAGGAGAUAAUGUCUUUACAAAGACAUGUACAGGACCUUCAAAAGCAGAAGGAGUUAGCAGGCAAACAGGCCAGGACUCUAGAGCAGAAUCUUGAGAAAAUGAGACAAAGACUGAAGGAGAACAAUUUGAAGUUCCUCAAGCAGACAGAGGAAAGCAACAUGUCAUCGCUGUGUGGUGAUCUGCUUGAGAAAGUAGUGAAGAAGAGAGACACAGACAGGUUUCAUCACCAGCAGGCUAUUGCAGAAGGAGUGCAGCAAUCGUGGCUCUUGGAGAAGAAGCUCCUGUUGCAACAGCUGGAAAGUUUGCAGCAAGAAGUUGCAAGGCUGAAACUUGCCAACACUGAGCUGAAGGAAUUCAAUGCUGAACUCAAGAAGUCUCUUGAGGAGGUGGAAUGUCAAUGGAGGAAACUGAUGAGGCUCCACUGUGAUCAGUCUCUUCCAGGUGCAAGUGGAUCUUCCUUCUCCAAGCCUCACCACACAAGAUGCCUGCUUCUAGUUACCCCCGCCCUGGGCGUGACGUGCUGCGAUAUGGAAUACGUCUUUGGCUAG